GGCAUUAAAAGCUCCGGAGCUUCAGGCUGGAGUUUUGAAGGUCUGAAGACUUGCAGAAACUGUGGUUCUGACGCACUGUGCUCAGACGGAGGCUUAAAAACGCUGAUAUUUCAGUCCCACAGACAGAGUGAGAGUGGACAGCAGAAUGGAGGGCAGUGGCAACGACUGGGCAGUCAGCAUGGUGCCCCCUGGUGGUCUCACCUAUGAAGUGACAGUGGAUCAGAAUGGCUCAACCAAUCAGAGUUACCCAUUUGCGGACGUGGAGCUGCUGCAGGCGUUUAAGCCACUGAUCAUCCCCUGCUACGUGGUGGUGGUCCUGGUUGGGGUUUUUGGAAACUACCUACUCAUCUACGUCAUCUGUCGCUCGCGCAAGAUGCACAACGUCACAAACUUCUUCAUCGGUAACCUGGCCUUCUCCGACAUGCUGAUGUGCGUGACCUGCGUGCCCUUCACGCUGGCCUACGCCUUCAACCCAUACGGCUGGACUUUCGGACGCUUCAUGUGUUACCUGGUGUUCCUCAUCCAGCCGGUCACUGUUUACGUCUCCGUGUUCACUCUCACGGCCAUCGCAGUGGACAGGUACUACGCCACUGUGCACCCUCUGAAGAAGCGAAUCUCUAUGGUAGCAUGCGUAUAUGUUCUCUUGGGGAUCUGGCUGCUCUCUUGCGUGCUGGUGGUUCCAGCCGUGGUGCACACUUACCACGUGGAGUUCGAAGGUGAAGAUCUGACCAUCUGUGAGGAGUUCUGGAUCGGUCAGGAGACCGAGAGGCUGGUCUACGCCUACAGCACCCUGCUGGUCACCUACAUCCUGCCGCUGUCCGCCGUGUGUGUGUCCUACCUGUGCAUCUCCAUUAAGCUGCGGAACUGCGUGGCACCAGGCCACCGUACACGGGACCAGGCCAAAGCUCAGAGAGCCCGAAAGCGGAAGAUCUUCCGUCUGGUGUCUCUGGUGGUGGCGGCAUUCGCCGUGUGCUGGCUGCCCAUCCACGUCUUCAACGUUCUGCGGGACAUCGACAUCCACCUCAUCAAUAAGCGCCACUUCCUGCUGAUCCAGCUGCUGUGCCACCUGUGUGCCAUGAGCUCGUCCUGCUGCAACCCAUUCCUCUACGCCUGGCUCCACGACCGCUUCCGAGCCGAGCUGCGCAAGAUCUUUACCUGCAAACACCGCAUCGGCAUCUCCGCCAACCACCGCACAGCCGCCAGCGUCAUGCUGUGAACCGGAGGACGCCAAGAGCAGAAACGGAAAACUCUACCACUCAAGAGAAUUCAAUGCUUCAUUUCUCUUAUGGCACUGGGGCUCAUCCCUAGCAGGGCAGGGUGAAGAUCCUCAGACUCAGAGGAGAGAGAAAAAAGUAUGAAGGUGGGAGCACCAUGUCCCGAAACACACUUCAAUGAGGGCAUCAAACCUCAAGGGUUACAUACUCAGGGAAAUUGAUUGCGUUAGAUGAUCGAGGAGCCCCUGAUUGUGUACAAAUGACUACAGAAAAAAAAGACGAUAUGAAGAUAUAACUGAAGAUAUAAAUGUUUUCAGGUCUAUUUAUUAUUGACAUAAAUGUUGGUGUUGCAUGACUAUUUCUGUUUUUUGCAUUACAACUCAGAUUGGCUUGAAAGAAACGGACAAGAAAUCAUGAGUUUUAUGCACACACAAAACCUAUUACCACACAGACACAAUAGCAUGUUACACAAUUAUAAUAAUACUUUUGUCCAGUGUUACCUAAUAUUUACAUAAAUGCCUUAAAUGCUGUGGUUGUCUUCUUUUUAUUAUUAUUAUAGUUGGAGGGCAGGGCCCGUCUUGCAAGACCAUGAUGUUCCACAAUUGUUGUACAAUUGCUAAACUAGCUUAACUGUGAGGCAGCGCUAACCAGCUAGCUGUACUGAUACAGUUCUGUAUAACAUCACAAAGACGUGCUCCAUCUGCAGAGAAGAUGAUUAAAGAAUGUUUAAUAUCACAUCACAUAACAAGCAAACUUUCUGCCAAAUAUACACUGCUCAAAAAAAUAAAGGGAACACUUAAACAACACAAUAUAACUCCAAGUAAAUCAAGCUUCUG